GAAAGAGGAAGGUGUGCGUGCGUGUCAGAAGCCGAAUGACGGGUUCAGGACGGUGUUUUCGAAGUUCCUCACUUCAGCUGCCAUAGAUGCUGUCGAGCAUGUGUGCGGACUUGUGUGUGCGUGUGUGUCCGUGUGUGUGAUGACUCCUGAGCUGGAUUUUCACCAUGGACUUCCCGAACAUGUCCACACUAGACAUCUCCACCAGGAAUCCUCAGGAGGACUUUGAGUUGCUGGUGAAGGUGGGAGGAGGCACCUAUGGAGAUGUGUACAAGGCUCGAAACAAGCAGAGUGGAGAACUGGCGGCUAUCAAGGUGAUCAAGAUGGAGCCAGACGACGACUUCUCCAUCAUCCAGCAGGAGAUCGUCAUCGUCAGGAGCUGCAUGCACCCCAACAUCGUGGCGUACUACGGCAGCUACAUACGGACUCAUAAGUUGUGGAUCUGUAUGGAGUUCUGUGGGGGAGGUUCACUCCAGGACAUCUACACAAUGACCGGCCCACUGACCGAGACCCAGAUUGCCUACGUCUGUCGAGAGAUGCUGCAGGGGGUGGACUACCUGCACGCUCAGAAGAAGAUGCACAGAGACAUCAAGGGAGCCAACAUCCUCCUCAAUGACCACGGAGAGGUGAAGUUAGCCGACUUUGGCAUCUCGGCACAGAUCACAGCCACGCUGGCCCGCAGGAUGUCAUUCAUUGGAACGCCAUACUGGAUGGCCCCAGAGGUGGCAGCGGUGGAGAUCAAGGGCGGCUACAAUGAGCUGUGUGACAUCUGGUCGGUGGGCAUCACAGCUAUCGAGCUGGCUGAGCUGCAGCCACCCAUGUUUGACGUCCACCCGCUGAGGGUUCUGUUCCUCAUGUCCAAGAGCAGCUACCAGCCCCCCAAACUGAAGGAGCGCUCCAAGUGGUCCUCCAGCUUCUACUCGUUCGUGAAGGCCAUGUUAGUGAAGAACCCCAGGAGGAGACCUGGUGCCUCCAAAAUGCUCUCGCACGCGUUCGUGACCCAGCAUGGCCUGACCCAGGAGCUGACCCUGGAGCUGCUGGAGAAGAGCCGGCACCCUGAGAAGCCCUGCCUGGUGACCGAGGACGACGACUUGGAGGUGGCCGUGCCCAGAUCCCUGAGGAGGAUUCUGUCCGUGAGCAAACACAAGCAGGCGGAGAGGACCAACUCCGACACCAGCUGUGAUCAGAUCUACACCCAGAGGCCCGUCAGGAGAGAGUCGCCCGAGCCAACCCUGAGACCGUCGCGCAGCUUCCGCAGGGCUCCAGUCAGGUCCCAGGAGAGCGACUCUGACAACGACUACGACGACAUUGACGUCCCCACUCUGCACGGGGGUCGAAGUAUUCAAUUUGAUGCUCCACCUGCCGAGGAUGCUCCGCCUCCUCUGCCCCCGAAGCCCAAAGGUAGAACCAGCUCCUGGGAAAGUGUGGUGGGUGAUGACGAUUCCACGAGGACCUCCUUGCACGCCCCGACCCCCCUGAUCAGGACCUCCAGUGGGACUCAUGUGCGGCCCUUUCCCCAGCCAAGACCGGCGCGACACUCGGGCCUCUGGUCAGAUGUGGCGACAGAAGACCCCCGGCCCCCCAAACUACCCCCUAAAUCUACUCACAGACGGCGCCCCGUCUCCAAGGGGUCUCCCGACUGUGUCAGUCCCGUCCUGAAGAAACCCCCGGUCUACUUCAAGAAAGUCUUCAACGGCUGCCCGCUCAAGAUAAACAGCUCCACGACGUGGGACCACCCGACCAGCAAAGACAAACAUCUGAUCCUGGCCGCUGAAGAAGGAAUCUACACCCUCAACCUGAACAGCAGCGAGGCGACGAUGGAGCUGUUGUACCCGGGGCGCUGCAGCUGGGUCUACAGCUGCAACAACGUGCUGAUGUCUGUGUCAGGAAAGUCCUCGCAGCUGCACUCUCACUCCCUGAAGGAGCUGUACGAACAAGCACGGAGAGACCAGCGAAUGGUUGCCCUGCCGACACACAGGCUGUUGCCACGGAAGAAUCCAGUGACUUACAAGAUACCGGACACCAAAGGCUGCAAGACCUGCUCUGUAGCCGACAACAGUCAGCAGGGAUGUGUCUUCCUGUGCUGUGCGCUGGAGCUGAGUGUGGUUCUGCUGCAGUGGUACGAGCCCAUGCACAAGUUCAUGCUCAUCAAGAACUUUGACUUCCCGCUGCCGAACCCUCUGAGGCUCUUCAAGAUGGUGGUGGACCCGCAGCAGGAGUACCCGCUGGUCUGCAUCGGGGCCUCGCUGGGAUCCGGCUCACACUCGGUCGUGGAGGUGGAUUAUAUCAACCUGAACUCCAACACCUCCUGGUUCACCCACUCGGGCUCAGAGAAGUCGUGUCCUGACGUGGUCCAAGUCAACCAGCUGGACAGCACCUCGCUUCUUGUCCUCCUGGAACGGUCAGUACAUAUAGUCGGCCUGGAGGGGGCACCAAAGAGCAUCAGAUCUUGUGAGACCACCUUCUCUCAUGAGGUGGAAUCUGUAGUGUAUUUUGAGGACACCUUGUUAGCGGUGUGGCGUCACGGCUGGCUACGAAGAAGACAAGGUUCCUCUGAGCCGCUGCAGGAGGCCACAGACUACAAGAAGGUCUACCGGCUCCUCCAGUCCGACAGCAGAGUGGUGGUGCUGGAGUCCCGACGGACCGACGAUCAAGCCGGCCUCUCGACCCUGUACGUCCUGGAGAUCGCUGAGAACUACGUCAUGCUGUCCUGACACACUCAGGGGAAGCUUCAUGGGAAACUUCUGGCUCCGUUUGAAGGCUGCACCACUAACUUUGGGGGGGUGGGGGCGCACUGUGAAUGCACCGUCAAUAUAAUAUGUGAUUUCCAAAACAAGGACUGUACUUGAACGUGAAGUC